UCCACGGCUCUGCUUUAAAGGAUAUGAAAACUGGGCUGAAAGGAACACGAGUCCACUGUUCGAGUUCAGAGGACAUAAAAACUGGCUCAAGGAAACUCGGGUUAUUAGGUUCCUGCAACUUAGUUGGGAACUGUUCAAGAUUUCAAGCUAAAGAUGGUGGUGAUGAACAGCCUGAGGGUCAUUCUUCAAGCAUCUCCAGGCAAAUUGCUGUGGAGAAAGUUCCAGUUUCCAAGAUUCAUGCCAGCCAGGCCCUGCAGCCUCUAUACUUGUACUUACAAAACCCGGAACCGAGCCUUGCAUCCACUCUGGGAGAGCAUGGACCUGGUUCCUGCGGGCGAUCGACAGUCACCCAUCAACAUCCGGUGGAGGGACAGUGUUUAUGAUCCCGGCUUAAAACCGCUCACCAUCUCUUAUGACCCAGCCACCUGCCUCCACAUCUGGAAUAACGGGUACUCUUUCCUUGUGGAAUUUGAAGAUUCUACAGAUAAAUCAGUGAUCAAGGGAGGACCCCUGGAACACAACUACCGAUUGAAGCAGUUCCAUUUUCACUGGGGAGCCAUCGAUGCCUGGGGCUCCGAGCACACUGUGGACAGCAAAUGCUUCCCAGCAGAGCUGCACUUAGUGCAUUGGAAUGCAGUCAAAUUUGAAAACUUUGAGGAUGCAGCACUGGAAGAAAAUGGUUUGGCUGUGAUAGGAGUAUUUUUAAAGCUAGGCGAACAUCAUAAAGAGCUACAGAAAUUAGUGGAUACUUUGCCAUCAAUUAAGCACAAGGACACCCUUGUGGAAUUUGGAUCAUUUGACCCUUCUUGCCUGAUGCCUACCUGCCCAGAUUACUGGACCUACUCAGGGUCUCUGACUACUCCACCCCUCUCUGAGUCUGUCACCUGGAUCAUUAAGAAGCAGCCAGUAGAGGUUGAUCAUGAUCAGCUUGAGCAAUUUCGGACCCUGCUUUUCACUUCCGAGGGGGAGAAAGAGAUAAGAAUGGUGGACAACUUCCGUCCCCUUCAGCCACUGAUGAAUCGCACUGUCCGUUCAUCCUUCCAGCACGAUUAUGUGCUGAAUGUACAAGCGAAACCCAAGCCGACGACCAGCCAAGCAACCCCCUAAAACGUUCAUACCUAGGCAGUAUUUUGCCUUUGCUUUAAUAUAUACUAGCUUACUAAAAAUUGUUAACUAGACUAUUCUAAAUACCUGUAUUUGAUAAUAUUUAGAAAUGUGCAUUUCUUAGCAUGUGAGUGCUUCAUCAGUCUUUAAGCAAAGCUAUUCGGUACCAGCAAGAGACACAAGUUUCUCUUACAGCUACCUGUUGGUAAUUGUAAUGCCUUUUUUUUUUUUUUUUUCAGA